AUGUCGCCACCGCAGCUCUCCCCCGAAAUCCAAACUAUUUCCAACGUCCGUCUAUACUCCCACAGUUCAAAUCCAACAACAUACGACCUCACCGUCUCUAGCGAACACUCCCUCAGCUCCAUAGUCCCCCACUCUCAAUCGAACGCCUCCCCUAACACAUCUUAUCCUCCUCUGGCCCUGCCGGCCCUCACCCACCCCCACAUCCACCUCGACAAAGCCUACAUCCUCAACUCCACCACCAUCCACCCCCAGACAGGCUCCUUCCAAGAAGCCCUGAGUCUAACCACCCAAGCCAAAUCCACCUUCACCGAGCCCGACCUCCACCGCCGCGGCGAAUGGCUCUUAUCCGAAUCCCUCCUCAACGGCGUAACCGCCCUGCGCGCCUUCAUCGAGAUCGACACCACCGUCCAGCAUAAGUGCCUCACCACCGGCAUCCAACUCAAACACUCCUGGCGCAACCACUGCCACAUCCAGCUCGUAGCAUUCGCCCAAGACCCGCUCUUCUCCGGCCCACACGCCCAAGCCAACCGCGACCUCAUGCACUGCGCCUUGACAGACCACGGGGCCCACCUGGAUGUCAUCGGCGUCACGCCCUACGUAGAAGCCGAUCUAGAGACAGCCAAACAAAGCAUCAAAUGGGCCAUCACCACCGCCUGGCAAACGCACAAACAUGUCGAUUUCCACCUCGACUACCACCUCGAUCCCACCAAGGGCGCCUUGGUCUGGUUCGUCCUGCAAUGUUUACGGGACGUAGGGUGGACCAAAUCCCGGUCUAACAAGAGGGUCAUGUUAGGCCAUUGCACACGAUUCACCCUGUUCAGGGACGAUGAAUGGGAACGACUAACCACGGAGAUUGGGACCGGUGACCAUGCUUUACCCGUUAGUCUUGUGGGUCUGCCCACCAGUGAUUUGUAUAUGGCUUCGCCUCCCCUCUCGUCUUCUUGCUGUGUUUCUCCUCCUUCUUCCCCUAUUUCUGGUUCUUGUUCUUCUGGUUCUUGUUGUACUUCAAAGCACGGCGAUACAGUCCGCGGCACGUUACGAGUCCCCGAGCUGAUCAGACGAUAUGGUCUCGACGUCGUCCUGGGGGUGAACAACGUCGGCAACGCAUUCACACCGUGGGGAUCUGUCGAUCCACUCGGAUUAGCCUGUUUGGCGGUUGGUAUGUACCAGGCCGGGACGGUGGAGGACGCCGAGAUAUUGUAUGAGUGUGUUUCGACGCGCGCUAGGGCUGCCAUGGGGUUGGACGAGGAUACUACUGGGCUGUGUAUUCGGAGGCCGGAUUUACUGUUGUUUUUUGAUGUGGAUGAGUCCGGUGGUGGGGUUGUGAGGCCGCGCAGGAGCGUGGCUGAGGUGGUUUGGGAUCCGCCGGCUCGCAUGGCGAGGGCGGUGGUUUCUGGGGGGAAGUUGGUGCGUACGAGGGGACGGUUGUGGGAUGAGAGUGCGUUUGGGUUUGUGUAG